CCCGAGUGUUUCCGUGAGAAUCUGGUCGAAAUGACGUCACGAUUUCUGUCAAUAACUUCGCUGUGCGCGGUCCUGUUCGUUGCGUGCUACGCGAAGCCGACCGACGUGCUCUCGGACGGAUCGCCCUCGUUGAACCCAUUGCAACGACAGCUGAUCACGGCCGUGGAAACUGACACGAAGAGGCAGCAACGAUCCCCGCAGUUCGGAUUCCCUGAUGGCGGAUUCGACGGAGGAUUCGACGGAGGAUUCGGACCCUACUCGGACUUUGACAACGAUCGCCGGUACGAGAACCAUCGCAAGCAUCAUCAUAAGCAUCAUCACAGGCCGGAAGGCUGUCGGGAAUUUGGUUGUGGUGGAGGAUAUGAGCCGGUGCCGCCGUUCCAAGGCGGAGCAUCGGAAUCCGCAGCUCAGGCUUCCGCCGGAUCCAAUGGAGGACCUUUCGGUGGAGGAUCGUCGGCUCAGGCUUCCGCCGGAUCUGCGGGUAUUGACGGGCCCUUCGGAGGACCUUUCGGUGGAGGAUCGUCGGCUCAGGCUUCCGCCGGAUCUGCGGGAAUUGACGGACCGUUUGGAGGCGAAGGCGGAAGCCAGGCGAACGCACAGAGCGCGAGCUUCAACUUCGGCCCGGUCUCUGCCUCCUUCAGCAUCGCCGAAUCGUCGUCCGGUGGUCAACGGUUUUGAGAUCACGGUCCAACAGCCCUGGGGAGCAUCCGCUGAUUUAUUGGUGCACCGAUCGACGAUCCGCGCCGAUGCUCGGCCAUUGUUUACAAACAUUCUACGUCACUAGGUAUAAGUAAAUAAAGCAGCAGCCCGCCGCAGCGGAGGCGAGGUCGUGCGUGAGUUCGCGAGUGCAUGCGUGUUCGCCACCCUCCGUCUCCGAAGAUUUCCUGGGAGCGAGUUCCCUUUGUCCACGCGGGCAACCACCAGAUGUUCCUGCAAAUAAAACCGACAAAAUAUCGCGACGCUGCAUCCCAGAUACGGGAGGAACGAAGACUGGAGCAAGGGCAGAGAAAGACCGAAGACCGGAGGGCCCGAGGAUUAACAGCACAAAGGGAGGCCAAAGAGCGGAGGGCUCGCAAAAAGCGAACACCUAAAAUUCGGAUCUGAACCGAGCGGAGCGGUGUGCAAUGACCGGGCGAUCCGCGCACACGCGAUCAUCCACGCGAGCCUGUAUCAUCCCGCUCGCGUCUCGAUUCCGGCUAAAACUUUCUCCGGCCGAACGAGACCCUGUUAGAUACCUGUUCUUGCGAAUAAACGUUUUGCGCCUGCUACGAUGAUAUGGCCUUGAUUCCACGUUUCCGUUCCCAGCGAUCGUAAUCGCUUCGUUCCUGCUUAGU